CACCCAGGACACACCCAAGUCAGCUUUAAAGUCAUUAUCAUCUGGGACAUUGCAUCCAAGGAAACACUCAACAGCAACAGGGUGACAACUUCAGAAGACAAGAGUUAAACAUGAGCUAUUAUCAAGUCCUUCUUGUGCUGUCCUUUGCCCUGACUUUUGGUGGUUCACAGGCCAAAAUUGAGGUGGUCACUGAUCCGUCCCCAGUGGUUGUUAAUGCUGGAGAAAAGGUGAAUCUGAAAUGUCUCCUGAAGUUGGAGAAGGAGCCAGUGAACCUGAAAGACCUUACCGUUCAGUGGUUCCAUCGUGGAAAGCAAGUGGCCGAAUAUGACAACGUACUCACUCUUGACAAACCUGGAGUGUCCCUGUCCCUGGAAUCUCUUAAAAAGGGGGACGCGACCCUCACAAUAUCCAACGUGACACACGAGCAUGAAGGGAACUAUCGUUGCUACAUUGACUAUAAGUCAGAAUAUAAAAGGAAUACAAUUGAAGUGCAAGUUCAUGACAAAAACAAACCAAAAGAAGAUCUCUUACUAACCUCAGAAGACAAACACCUUAAUGAGCAACUGAAGAAGAUUCUGGAUUGGUUUGAGCAAUUUAAUGGGAAACUGGAUGUUCUGGCUACAGAAUUAAAGAAGUGUGUUCCUAAGCCGUAAAGGGGCCACUUACUGCUUCAUGUUCAUGCUUAAUGCAGCUUAUGAAUGUUACAGAAAUCCGUAGCGUAUUGUCUGCCUUUUCAGACUGAGUAUACAAUAACGUGUUUACUGGUAGUGCCUGGGUACUAGAAUUACUUUAUUUGCAUUAUCCAUAUGCCCUAAUUUGCACUAGUGUUGUGUUUUAUUAUCUGUGCCAAGCCAAUAAUAGUUAAAAAAUGCAAUUGUUUUGAAGUGUUUAUAUGUGUAAAACAAACAUCAUUUAAAUAAAUAUUCAGUUAUUAAAA